ACACAACAUAAACCCAAUCUCUCACUCAGACUAAGACAGAGUCAGAAACAAUGGCGAAAUCUCCAGAAACAGAGCAUCCGAACAAAGUCUUUGGUUGGGGUGCUAGAGACAAAUCCGGUGUUCUCUCUCCUUUUCACUUCUCUAGAAGAGACAAUGGUGAAAAUGAUGUGACAGUGAAGAUCUUGUUCUGUGGAGUUUGCCACACUGAUUUACACACCAUCAAAAACGACUGGGGAUACUCGUAUUACCCAGUAGUUCCAGGGCAUGAAAUCGUUGGGAUCGCUACAAAAGUUGGUAAGAACGUGACUAAAUUCAAAGAAGGAGAUCGUGUCGGAGUAGGAGUGAUCAGUGGCUCGUGCCAAUCUUGCGAAUCUUGUGACCAAGAUCUUGAAAACUACUGUCCUCAAAUGUCUUUCACAUACAAUGCGAUUGGAUCCGAUGGAACCAAGAAUUACGGUGGCUAUUCGGAGAACAUUGUGGUUGAUCAACGGUUUGUUUUGCGGUUUCCGGAGAAUUUACCGAGCGAUUCGGGUGCGCCGUUGCUGUGUGCUGGAAUCACUGUGUAUAGUCCAAUGAAGUAUUAUGGUAUGACUGAGGCAGGGAAGCAUUUAGGGGUUGCUGGACUUGGUGGGCUUGGUCAUGUUGCUGUUAAGAUUGGUAAAGCUUUUGGUUUGAAAGUUACUGUCAUUAGUUCUUCUUCUACGAAAGCAGAGGAAGCCAUUAAUCAUCUUGGUGCUGAUUCGUUUCUUGUCACAACUGAUCCUCAGAAAAUGAAGGCUGCAAUUGGAACAAUGGACUACAUUAUCGAUACGAUAUCAGCAGUACAUGCUCUGUAUCCGUUGCUCGGUUUACUCAAAGUCAACGGAAAGCUCAUUGCUUUAGGCUUACCUGAGAAGCCUCUCGAGCUACCAAUGUUCCCUCUUGUUCUCGGAAGGAAAAUGGUUGGAGGAAGUGACGUGGGAGGGAUGAAGGAGACACAAGAGAUGCUUGAUUUCUGCGCUAAGCACAACAUUACAGCUGAUAUUGAAUUGAUUAAGAUGGAUGAGAUUAACACUGCGAUGGAGAGGCUUGCUAAGUCUGAUGUUAGGUACAGGUUCGUGAUCGACGUGGCUAACUCCUUGAGCCCUCCAUGAAUGAUCCGGAUCUAAGAAUUGAGCAUUGAGGAGGCUUUAAAUCUAUGUCAUAAUCUUGGUGUUUGUUUGUGUCUCUCGAGUUAUCUUCGUUUUCUGCUUUCGGUUUGAGAAUCGGUUUCUUCUCAGACAAGUUACCUUAUUUCGUUGUUUUCUUCUCAUGUUCUGUUUCCUGAGAGAAACUCUUUCUGAUUCCAGAUAAGACUUUGAUCCAUUUUCAGUUUGCUAAUAAUAUAAAGAUGGGUCUAA